UGGGUGGGCAGAUGUGCUAUUAGAGCUAAAUCCAGAUCAAAACUCUUUUAUGUGGAUUCAGUUGACCAUAGUAUGUCUCAUGCUGAAGAUGAGACGUUAGUGGCUGAUAGAAAACUCAUCCUAUAAAGAGGAAGUGGUUGUCCGAAACUCCUUUAAAUCGAGACUCCCUGGCACUGCGGUGUUUUUUAAACGUGGGCGACAGCGCGCUGAUAAAUAGAGAUGUCGGAUGGCAGGCAGUGGUUGAUCCGCGAAUGGGAAAACAGCGACAUGGAGAUGGCAGAUUUACAACGAAACACUUUGAUUCGAUUUCUCCACGAGAAGGAGGCUCGACUGCAGCGAAUGUGCCACUUUGUGGCCGUGGGGAUCGUUCUGCUGAUUUCCGCGGCUUUGGCUUUAAUGAUCAUGGAUGUGUACGGGCGGAGAGUCGACACACAUCCAGACAUGCAGCCCACACCCCAGGCUAUCAGGAAUUCAACAGACACCAGACAUGAAGAGCAGCGACUUAAUCACUUGGGGUAUCCAAUGGCCAUGCUAACAGCUCCUCGCUUUUACAAUUAUGAGGACUAUCUCGAAUGGGAGAAUGAGAUUGGACAUGCCUUCUGUCAUGGAGGUUUCAGCUACGCCAACAGGAGCCUAGUGGUCCCCAGAAAGGGCAUGUACAGAGUCUUCCUGCAGAUCACCUAUGAGGGAAAGGCCCAGGAGUGUCCCAGUGAUAACCAGCUGAAACUCAGUAAUAUGGUAUUUCAUUUUCAGGAUGCUUACACUAUGGAUGUGUCUCUCCUGUCAUCAGCCGACACAGUGAGUUGCGAUAUGGAGGGGUGGACUAAAUCACUCUAUACGUCUGGCUUGUUUUAUCUGGAGGCUAACAGCAGACUACGUGUGCGAUCAUCAUACCCCGCACUUAUCGUUAAGACAGAACAUCAGGUGUUCUUCGGAGCUGAAUUUGUGCCUCAGUAAUGUGAUCUGACAGUGAUCACCUAAAUCUAACUUUGCAGUUAUUUGCACCUUCAAGUCAAAUGAAAUUCAUAGCAAGAGAGCAGUAUAGCUUUAUGGUUUCCUUUUACUCUUAUUACUAAUGCAAACUUUAAACCCACUGAUGAAUUGAGAUGAAAUGAAACAGGAAGCUAGAAGUACCUGUUUGAAUGCAGGUUUGCUUUAUCUCAGUGAAGUUGUAAGCUGCAUUGUUUUUAAUUUAGUAAUAAAUGCUCUCUGAGCAUAUCGCUGCCUACCAAUGAUUCAACAAUCAUACACUAUUCUAUAGAGCAUGUAUAUUUUCCUAAGAACAUCUCUAAAAUUUGUAACUCCACAGCCUUUUGGCAGAACUGUAGUAAAUAUAUCUGAUAACUUAUUUUAUGCUUGGAAUAAGAAUAAGCGUUUUGUUAUGAUCUUUAGUGCAUAAACAAGUUGAUUAUAAACUAUAAUUUAUAAAUAAACUAUAAUUUUCCAACCUCUCAUAAGUGAGGAUUUUUCAUCACCGUUAGUGGAUCUUUUUUUUUUUGUGAUUUAGACUGUUGUUCGAGCUAAACAAUCUGAACCUUGGUCUCUGAAACUAGUGAUGCGCUUCUGUCAUUUUACAGAUAUUUCAUUAAUCAAUAAUCAGAUUGGCAUUGUGUCCUGGCAAUAGCACUAAGCUGAAAAGGUUUAUUCCCUCAGGGGUAGCCUCAGAGAUUUUUAUUUUUAUUUUAGGUUUACAAGUGACGAGUGGUAUCACUGUAUGAUUAAGAGGGUGAUCAAAAGCAUUAGAACUCAUUCUUUGGGAAACAUGGACUUCCACUGCACAAUUCCUUUUUUCAAGACAUGGGAGAUUUUUUGUCAUUUGUGGAGCUGCACUUUUGUUUUGGACAGAUAUCUUGCUCUAAAAUGUCUAAAAUUCAGUACAACUAUUGCUAGGACACCAUCCUUUGAUUUUACUUAAACACUAUUUUAUUGUAGCAAGCAUGGUUAAUUAAAACAUAGUUUUUUUCCUGUAUUUAAGUAAGCACACAUCACCCCAGCCUGAAAUGUUGUAAGACUAACAAUAGAUAGUUUUGUCUAAAUCCCUUUGUAUUCUAAGCACUACUAUCUUUUGAAAGGACAUCAUAAUAUAGUGAUGCAAGGUUGAAACAAUAAACUCCUGUUCUUUUUUUGGCCAAACCCACAAAUCAUUUUUUACACGCGUAUUAUAGCUGUUACUGAAAAUGGAUAACAGUAGGUCAAUCUGGUAAUCGUUAGUCUUUCACAAAGAUUACAAAUGAGUAAAUAACACGUCAGUAAGGAGAUAUCAUUUGGAAACAUGUACAAAGUUAGGUGGGCCAUUACAGUAGUUACCAUGGAACAUCUUCAUUAGACAUGGAUCGUGACAGGAGAUAGGACAGAAUGAUAGGAAUGAUAUUCAAAAAGUGACAUAGUGAUUGAUGAUGAUUGGACAGAGAUGGUGAUGUAGAAAUUUGCACUUUGUAACACCAGUAUUAAGAGUAUUAUUAGAAGUCAAGUGAUUGGUCAUUUUAAUUUAACAUCAUGUACAUUUUAUCCUACAUGCUGAAUGUAAAAUUUUGUAGGACAGUAUUGGUAGGUGUAGGACACAGCACAACAGUAACUUGAAUAAGUAGUCCACAUUUAGUGCACAACACCUGUGAAUAGCAAGACUUAGUACAUGAUUUACAAUUUAUUUCCAUAACAACUAAUAGUAGUUAACCCUGCAGAGUUACUGGCAAAUGAUGACAUAUAAACCUGUGAGUGAAGUGGCCAUGAUGAUAUGUUUGUGAUCUAGACAUGUUGUGGUUUAAGUAAUAAAUGUAAAUUGUGCAGGGCUACUUCAACCCCUGCUGAGUUUGGUUUGGCCUUUCCACCAUAGACAUGCUUUGAAGUAAUGUUGCAAAAUGUUGCAAUUCUCUGUUCUGCUCAUAUAAUCAUAUUUAAAACACGUGUGUCUAUGUGAGUGGUGUGCAGUCAGUCUGUAGGUGUAAAAGUGUCAAACGGGGUAUUGUUUCCGAGCCAGGAAAGGGCCGAUCUGUAAAGCAAAUUCAUUGACAUUACAUUACACUUCUUUUGAAGCUUACCAGAAUGUGGAAAGUACAUGCAAUGUGAAGAACACUUCCACCAGAUCAGUUCUGUCUAAUUGGCGAUGGCUCAGUCAGACAGAAAACUGGCUGCACAUAUGACACCAGAGUCUUGAGGAAUAUCAGAAUACUGUGCUGUCGAUCUGUUGAUGGAUUACAGAGGGUUCAGUAUACCACUGCUGUAUUUAAUUUUUAAUUUUUCUCACAAUGGGGCCACUGUAAGCUGAUAAAAAAUAUAUGGAAAGGAUUUUCUCUAUGUUAUUUUUUACAUGCAAGGUGCUGCAUACAAGUAUGCAUAUAUGAGUAUAUGGGCCUAUAGAUCUGUUUGUUUUGUCAUUGUUGUUGUUGUUGUGUUUUAUGUAAUUGUGCAAUGUAUUGCUUGCUGGGCACUCCGUACUCUGAACUGGUGGUAUGCAAAUUGAUAUUUUCCUACUUUGAAAGAAAUUAUCAUUUUAAUUUUAGAGUUUUUAUAUUUGUAUGUGUUUCUAAAAGUUUAAUAAAAAAUAAAAAAAAAAAAAAACUAAUGAUAAAACAUGAAA